CGUCGUGGUGCAUAUCCCCGGAAGAACCAGCAGCGGCUCGGAGGAUGAGCGGGUGGCGGUGGCUGCAGCUGCUGCGGCGGCACUGACAGGACACGAGCUCUAUGCCUUUCCGGCUGCUCAUCCCGCUCGGCCUCGUGUGCGUGCUCCUGCCCCUGCACCAUGGUGCACCAGGCCCCGACGGCACCGCGCCCGACCCCGCCCACUACAGGGAGCGAGUCAAGGCCAUGUUCUACCACGCCUACGACAGUUACCUGGAAAAUGCCUUUCCCUACGAUGAGCUGAGACCUCUCACCUGUGACGGGCACGACACCUGGGGCAGUUUUUCUCUGACGCUAAUUGAUGCCCUGGACACCUUGCUGAUUUUGGGGAAUACCUCUGAAUUCCAAAGAGUGGUGGAGGUUCUCCAGGACAACGUGGACUUUGAUAUCGACGUGAAUGCCUCUGUGUUGAAACCAACAUCCGAGUGGUAGGAGGACUCCUUUCUGCUCAUCUGCUGUCAAAGAAGGCUGGUGUGGAAGUGGAAGCUGGAU